UAUUAAAAUAUUUCUGAUAAUGCCUCUAAAUUAAUUGUACCGGUCAGGUCAGUAAAUCAUAGGAACGUUGUUCUGUACGUUGUUUCCAGAGGAAUAUUUCAAAGACGGACGGUUGCAGCCAGCGUGUGAUUUUUUUUCUUUUGUCACAGUUGUCACUUAAGUUUUUUUAACGAUUAUCGGCAAUGACGCGCCGUAUAAAACAAACGGAAACCAUAUAGUAUUUUUGAGGCUUGUAAAAAACGUCUAAGUAAUUCAGACGGAUGUGUUAACCUUAAAUAAUUACCGCGAGCUCGUGCCGUGCGCUUGUUUUGUUUUUUUUGUCGUACCGUCUUGAGUGACGUGUAACGUUAACUGAACUCACCAAAUUGUGUAAUCAUAACAUAACAUAACAAUCAUGAACUAGGUUUGCGAUUGUGCUUUACGGAGGAUUGAGCGAUUGGCAUCGUACCUACUAUGAAAGAAAUCAUUCAAGCCGACCGCUAGGAAGAAUGGGAUUUAAAGUUGCAAGUCCUUUGUGAUGGAAAGAGACGAAAGACACUGUUGCAAACUAGGAAUUUGAUUUUAACAUGUAGAUGACAUGAUCUCUAUCUCAAGACUGCAUCGGUGAAAUAUUCGUGAAGAUAUUACGAUCUGCUUGCGUGGUACAGCGCUGCUCUCAAAGGCUCAAAGAUGAUGUACUCUUCACGGAGAAAACCUGUGCUGUAUUUCAAAGAUGAUAGAAGUCAUUUGCAGGUGGUGGUCUGUGGGUUUGAAUAGAGAUCUUGGCUUGCUAGUAGUUGUUGCUUCAUGUGUUUCAUCAUUUCAAGAAGUGAAAGUCAAAGGAUUCAGCGACAUGGAGAGGUUCAUUUUCUGUUGAGGAAAUGCACCGUCUGGAAGCUCUUUGGGCUCUGCAUGCUCUUUGUUUUGGGCUCUCUUCUUUGGGUGCAGCUGACUUGUUCAGGAGACAUGAGCCAGACGGCUGGGUACAGUCACCUCCCUCACCAGCCCUGUCCUGUAGAGAGACACUCCUCGUCUGCUGAUGACCCAUCCUGGGGCCCUCACAAAAUGGCCCUCAUUGUGCCAUUCAGAGAGCGCUUUGAAGAGCUGCUUAUAUUUGUCCCUUAUAUGCACGCUUUCCUCAACAAAAAGAAAAUACGGCAUAAAAUAUUUAUUGUAAACCAACUGGAUCACUUUCGGUUCAAUCGGGCCUCUCUUAUUAACGUUGGGUUUAUGGAAAGCGGUAAUGACACAGACUACAUUGCAAUGCAUGAUGUGGACUUGUUGCCUCAAAAUGAGGAUCUGGACUAUGGAUUCCCAAAGGAGGGUCCCUUCCAUGUGGCCUCGCCAGAGCUUCAUCCCUUAUAUCAUUAUAAGACGUAUGUUGGAGGAAUCCUGCUGCUUACCAAGAAACAUUAUCAGCUGUGCAAUGGGAUGUCAAACCGCUUCUGGGGAUGGGGAAGAGAAGAUGACGAGUUUUUUAGAAGACUAAAAACAGCUGAUCUUAAGCUUUUUAGGCCAAAAAGUAUUACUACAGGAACUAAAACAUUUCGACACAUCCAUGAUCCAGCCUGGAGGAAGAGAGAUCAGAAGCGGAUCGCUGCGCAAAAGCAGGAGCAGUUUAAGGUGGACCCAGAGGGUGGCCUGACCAACCUCCGCUACAAGGUGGAGUCCAGACAGGAAGUGACCAUCAGCGGAGCUCCAUGUACUGUCAUCAACACCUUUCUAGAGUGUGACCUCAGCCUGACCCCAUGGUGCCAGAUCAGCUAAUAUGCUUAAGCAGGGCCUGUAAAGCCAGAAUGAUUCGCAUUCUCCUUCUGUGGCGCCAGGAAGGCUUUCACAGAUUACUGUUGCCAGUCACACUUGAAAAAUCACCCUGAUCGGCUAACCAAAAGGACUUGAAUAUGUGACUGUGGGAAAAGAACUUUUCUCUAAGUUUUUAUUUUUAUAGGAAGGUGUUGUUGUCUUCUUCCAUGAUGAAGCGCUGCCUCAUUUUUGAAUUGAACUAUGGACCAAUGUCAGGUACUGCACUGAGUUUGCAUCAUCUACAUUUCAAAUACGAGCAUCCAAAUGUCCGAUUUUUAAUGAGGAGUUUUAUAAUAUUUUAGUUGUAGCAGUGGCCUGUUUUGGACCGUUUCUCUUAGUGCAAUUGUGAGUAUUUUGCUCAGCCGUGUCUUGACAGAAUUCUGUUUCUUUUCGCUUAAAUUCAAAAUCAUGUCUUGAAAAGGACAAUUUUAUAUAUAUAUAUAUAUAUAUAUAUGAAAGGGUUUCGAGGGUACUUGGAUUGUAUUUGCACAUUAUUCAGUAUUUAUAUAAAAGCAAAGGUUUCCUAGUUUCAGUCUUUGUACUUUUCUCCCAUGUUUCAGAUGCAUGGAAUGCUGUUACGACUUACACUCACAGGAUUAUAUACAGAUCUUAUGAACUGGAGGCAUGAAGCUAUAUCCAAAAAAACAUCUUGCAGCGCAAAUGUUAAUAAAAUUCGGACUCUACAUACUUUUUAUUGGCAAUGCCUGAAAUUAAACUGUGAAUCAGUACUCUGUCCAAACUAAAGUGUUAUUGUGCCUGUGGCAACAAGCUGCUGCACAACUGCACAGAACAUGUUUGCCAAAAAAUAAAGAGAAUAUGACCCUAUG